CUCUCUCUCUCUCUCAAGUGCAGUUGCAGCAUUUGAUGUGUCUCCUUCCAUAGACCUGAUCAUAUAGGAUGAGAAGGAGCUGUAACUGGCAGCUUAGUCUGCAGUCUGCUUCAGCUUCUCUCUCUCCAAUGGAUUUCCAUCACCGAGACCGUCAUCCAGAUCAGAUGGAAGUGUCGAGUAGGAGGCAGGAAGAGCAGCAACAGCUGACCAUAUUCUACGAUGGCCACGUUUGCGUUUGCGACGUUACUGAACUACAGGCGAGAGCAAUUCUAGUGCUUGCAAGCAGAGAAAUGCAGGAAAGAAUGAAAGCUACACCGACCGUGACCUCAUGGCCAAAUUCACCAAGCAGAACAUCACCAUCGGCUGAGCUCUAUAGCCCCACUGGCACCGGCCUUUCCAUGAAGAGAUCACUUCAGCGAUUCCUGCAGAAAAGAAAGCUUCGCUUUCACGCUACAUCUCCCUAUCACACGGAUCAGUAGUUGUUCUAUCUAUCAUGCGGGCAUUUCCAAAUAGGGUCUUAAAUGUAGUUUUGUUCGAUGGAUCAGGUGUUCCCAAUCAAGCGAAUUCCGGAGUUUCUCAAUCCUAUUUAGGACGUAUAUUUCGGGUGUGGAUUUUUGUGCUAUGCGGGAAUUAAUUGACCA